AUGUCCGGGACGAGACUGGAGCAGCAGCUCAAGAGCUUCAUCCACUCCUUGCGUGAGCAGGGCAUUUUGGACCACCGCUUUAAUCAAAUGAAAGAGUUAGAAAAUGAAACUCCUGGUCUGGUUAUGGAAGUGAUUACCCUGGUCCUUCGCGAUGGUGACGCUGGCAUAGAAGAACUCACAAGAAAUCUGAGAGAACGUGAUAUCAACUAUCCUAAGGUGGCAGAUCUUGCCCACAAGCUCAAGGGAAUUGGCUCCAGGCUAAAAUAA